CCGGCUCCCCCAAGCGAGCGCCCGCCGGCCGCCCCUCGCUCUGCCGCCCUCCCGCGUUGCACUUCUCUCUCCGGGCUCUUUGCAAUUUGUUAUUUCCUUACCUUUGUCUUCCUCGUUCAAGUCUCCCCUCCGCAUCCUCUUUCCUCCUUCCACUAUCUCUCUCGAGUCUCCUUAUUUCUGCUUUAUUUUCUGCCUCUUCCUCUUUUUCCUGCUAGCCCCUCAGCGCUUUGUCUUUCUUUUCAGUCUGCCUGUCCCCCUCCUUUCUGCGUGCGUCUCUCUGUUAUUCAUGGCUUUUAACUCUUUUUUUUUUGAAUAAAAACUGAACUCUUUUUCUUUUUUUAUGACUCAACUUUCUUUCGUAAAAUUUCCUCCACUUUCUUCUCUUUCGUUCUUGCCCUCUUCAUUUCCUUUUCAUCUUUCUUCUUUUGGGUUUUCUGUUUUCUCUCCUUUUCUCAAUUUCUUUUUCUCCCGCUGCCCCCCGCCUUUUCCGUGUCCCCUGACAAUCUCACGCUCCUCUCCUUUCCUCCCGCCUCUCUGAGCUCACGGCCCCUCUGCCACCGCCUUUCUCUGGUCCUUCUUUCCUGUCCUCCCAGCCUCCCCUCGCCCUCUUCUGCUCCUGUGUCUAGCUGCGUGCGGGUCUCUGCAGCGGGGUCCCCAGGCUGGAGGGUCCCCAGGCUGGACGGGGGCACAGAAUUUGGGCAGGAUGCCCCCCUUUCUCUCCACCCUAGAGUCCAAGCUAGAAGCCAGGAACUCACCCCGCCAGAGCUCCCUCCACCCGCUCUUUGCCCGGAUCCUGCCAACCCUCUUUGCUUGGGCCCCACGGCAGCAGGGGCAGGGGAUCUGGCGGGCGGGUCCGUGUAGACGUAGCAGGAGGCUCACCUUCCAUGUCCCUGGUGACGGUGCUGAAGUGCAUCCCGGCCGGGGAUCCCAGCAGCCUGCGAAGCUUCGCCGGGUCGGAGAACCCGGGUUCCAGGCGAGCGGUGUGCUCUGCGGCCUCUGCUGCAACCAGAGAGGCAAUGCUGAACGCGCUGGCCCGGGGAGACAGCGGGCUCCGUGCGUCCAUAGGCGCCCGGCGGCCUGACCGGCGCCGCCUCCGACUGCGUGCACCCGGCCCCACCGAGGCCGGCCCAGCCCUCGGGCCCCGGGGGCGGGGGCCUGCGGUGCCACUCACAGCCGCCGGCCCUGGGCCCAGGGGAUUAUGGUGUCACGGCCCCCCACUCUGGGCCGGUGGCAGCCGAGGGGCCCUGAUGGGUUGAGAGCCCUGGGGGUGUGGGCCCUCCUGCUUUUCAAGGUCCGGGCCCCUUGCCUCUGCUCCCAGGGGCCUCCAUGACCAGCACCCCUUGGACAUCCCGCUGCUCCCCGAGGCCUGGGUUCCCUCUGUACAGCGAAGCCAUCAGCUUCCCCAGCCCCCGAGGGGAGGUGAGGACGCUGGGAGCGCCCAGCCCCAGCCCGAAGCUGUGGGGCACCGGCCCUGCCCCUGUCCUCCCGCCUCCUCUUCCCCGGCUGCCCCUGCACCUGGGUGAGGAGAGGGCAGUCUGGGCUCCGGCACUGGCCACAGGCAGACAGCCCCAGGGCCACGGCGUCGUCCUUUCCUCGGUGCUCAGGGACAGGACCCAGCCCAGCAAGCGGCCCCCAGCCCUCUUCGGUCGGCUCACUGUCGUGGCUGGGGACCCUGAGCAGAGGGACGCCGCCCAGGCCAAGCAGCCCGGGAGCCCGAGCGUCACGCGCACCCGCGCGCACCACCCGCCUCUGGCCAGGACGCUUAUACAUCCGGAGGGUGGGCAGUGCCCGCUCCUCCGACCUCCCCGCGCACCGGCCGGGUGCAGGGAGGGCCGGGGGCGGGGCCUGGACUGGCCGAGGGAGCCGAGGACACGUCGGAGGAAUUCAGGCCGCCGGCCGGGUCGUAUGCUGCCCCUCGCUCACCACCCACCCCACAGCCAGCCUGCCCGCCUGGGAAGGCCCUGCUGCCCAGUUGGGCCUUCAGGCCCAGGCAUCCCAGACGCUAAGACCUGACUUGGCCUGUGCUUCCGCGCACCUACUGCUUCUGAGGCCUCUCUGCCCAGUUCAGGGCAUCCAUGGCCUUCCAGUCCAGAGUCUCCCCAGCAGGGCGCCAGGCCUCCCUGCUCCCAGGAUCCUCUCUGGCCCUGCACUGAGGCUCUGGCAGUCAGGCCUCCAUUUUCAAGGCCUCUGUUGCUUGCCUGGACGGGGGUGGGAAGCAGCAGCCUCUCUCAGGGUUUUUACAGUCCCAGGGCCUCAGAUCCCAGGCUGGAGGGGAUGCUGGCUCUGAGGCAGGAAGGCCCAGAAACUGGGGACCUGGGAGUGGGCUCCAGCGGGAAACGCCUGGCUCCCGGGCCUGAGGUCCAGGAAAGAUACAUGGCUGGAGGCAAGUCGGUGAGCAUGUGGGCCCAGCUGUGUGACUGGGGUGGGUGCGUGUGACCUCAAGUACAGUGAGCCCUGCCCCACCCCCUAGGCUGGGGCUGCAGCUUUGUGGACCAUGCCAGAAAAGGGAAACUGUUGCCAGGGUGUACCCCCCACCCAGAGUGGCCAUGUGGGGCUGUGACAGUGACAGUGAUCUGUGGGGCCCAAGAGCAGGUCCAGGGAGUGGUGUGAUGCGCCAGGCCUCCAGGACCCCAGGUGGAGAUGCUCCUGGUGGAGGGAGAGCCCGGCUGGCAGGGGAGUUGGUGGGGGCAGGUCAUGGUGGUGCUGCAGGAGGGGAGCCCGUGCUGAGGGUCUGCACCUAGAGAGGCAUGCAGAGCGGUCACCAUGGGUACCUCUUGCUGGUGGUCUGCAUCCAACCUGCAGGUGGGUGCGUGGGGUGCGUGUGGUUGUAUGCCAUCUGGGAUGUGUGCUGUCCUGGCACGUGGGGGUGCCCGUGGUUGUGUCCUGUGCACCUGGGGAGCCUUCCUUGUAUACCUGUGCGAACACCUGAAGACAGUGGGCAGGUGCCCAGUCUGAGGCAGACACCAAUGUUGAGAAAGGAGAAAUGAAAGUGAAAAACUCUGGGGCUUCUGGAGUCGCAGGGUCAGCCUCCUGGGACACUGUCCUGAGGUCCCUGGCCCUCGGAGUCUGAGGUGGUAGACAGGAGAUGGGGUCCUCCCAGCCCCUCAUUAACCCCUUCAUGCCUGAGCUGGGAUCUGGGAGGCCACGCUAGGUGGGGAAAAGCGCGGGAGCAGAAAGGACGCUGUGGCAUGGGCCAAUGGGCCAAUUCUGGUCGAGAGAGCGCUGGAGGAGGUCAGGGCCCCCCCGUGCCGCUCCGCCUGGGACUGGCAACCCUGCUUCCCCGGCUGCAGCUACUCACCCGAGCAAUUGCAGACCCCGAACCCCUCUGUCAACGCCCGGUCCCUGCUGGAAUCCAACUGCAGGGGCCCAAAGAGGCCUGAACGCUGCGGAGUCACCGCCUCCCGCGCCUCCGGGUGCCCCCACCGCCCAGACAGAGCUCGCGCCCUCUGGUCCCGCGACGCCCCGCACACCGUGUCCGCGCGCGCCGCCGCCUGCGGGAAGUCCUCAUCCCUCACCUGGAGCGGCCGCGGCUCCCUUCCGCCUCGCUCCCCCUGCCGGCCGCACCUCCGGGAGCGCGAGGUAGGAGGCCUGGCUGGGCGCCGGCCCGACCGGGCUGGAAGGGCUGGGCGCUGCCGGGGGUCGUGCGCUGCUCGGGCUCUGCCUCCUUAGGGCGCAGCGUGCCCCUCCACCUGGGACGUGGGCUGAAGACAAGACCCGCAUUUCGCUGCGCCACUUGGCAGCGAAGGGGGAACUAGGAUGAGACCACUUUACAGGCCCUAAAACCGAGGCUCUGCUUUGACCGGCCUCCGCGAGGUACGGGGACCAGAAGUCUAGCUGAGGACAGGAGGCGGCAGGGGCGGGAUGGAGCCGAGGCAGACGCCCAUCCUGGGUGCAGAACGGGCUGCAGCCUUUGCUUCUCUCUGCGGGCCCUGCACUGGGUCCCACGUGGGCACUGGGAUCCAUCCCAGCGCUUCCCCUGGCACCUUGCGUUUGGAGGCUCACUCAUCCCCCGCCCCAGCAUCUUCAGAGUUUUGCCCGAAGCAAGCGCUGUUUCAGAGGUUUUCUCCCCAGCGCGCAGAAGGAGGCCCCUGGAGAGUCUGGCUGCACUGCUGCGCCCAGCUCCGCCUCCCCGGAGCGCACGUGGCUUCCUCAGGGCAGCCGUCAAGACUGGAGCCCUCACAGCUUUGGGGGGGACCCCACUCCUCACUCUCCCGCCACCAUAAAGGCACUUCGACAGCGCCAUGCGCAGCGCUCAGAAUUCACUCUGGGCCUCUCUGUUCCCACCCUUGGAAGGACCUUUGCGCCCUUGUGCAUCUCUGGUGGGCGCCAAGCCCACCGAUUGUUGUGCUCACGUGCUCCGCGAGACAAGGUGGGGCACCACCCGCUCCCCCAGCCUGGGUCUCCCGCUAUCUGGGGCACAGGCGCACACAGAUGGAUUUGAGCGGUCGGCUGGAGGAUGUGAGUGCGCGGAGCACUGGGGACCCCGUCCCCCAGGAACUAGAGCACCAAGCGGGGCAGAGCCAUCUCCCCCACCCGGGGUUCAGAAAGAGAGGGGCUGGGCUUUUCUUGACCCGGUUCAUUCGUUUCGGGAUUGAUUCACCGGGAACUGCCUCCAGGGCCUGCCUAGACGGGCCUCGGUGCUCUCACAGGCAGGCCCCGCACCGGGAGCGGCCUGCGCCCUGCCUUUCUGCCACCAGCAGCCGCUCCUCCCCGGACCCGCGGCCCGGGUGGCUGGGCCUCCGGGGGCCAGACCUUGGCGGGAGGCGGGAGGGGGUGAACUUCGGUGGAGCCGGGAGAGGCGGGUGCGCAGGGCAGCUCCGUUCUCCCUUCGCAGCUCCAUUCCUCCUCUCCGCUCCCCGCCCAUAGUGGGCGCCUCGUGCAGGACCUCGGCCCCUGGGUGCGUCUCAUCUGCCUCCAUCCAACAAAAGCGCUUGGGCCGCAAUGCCGACAAAUGGGGCUUUCUGGGUGGCCCGCUUGGGUGUGAAUGGGCAGCGACCCUGAGCCCCUGAGGUGGGCGGGUGGGGCCGUUGUGGGGUGGCCUCCCUCUCCUGGCCCCUGGCUGGGGAGCCGAAGAGGACUCAUGGGCUCCACCCAUGAGGCGGGGAGGAACGGGCGCUGUCCGCGCCGGUGGCUCUUGCGCGCCAAGCUCGUGGCCCCACUGGCUCCAGCGCGGUCUGCGCGACCCACCGUGGGUUUGCAGACCCUUGGGCGGUGCGGGGGCUGGGGGGGGCGGUGCUGGGCUGGGACCAGGGCCUGUGGGAGCUGGUAGUGAGGCCGCAUCCAUCCUGGGCAGGGGCGGUUUCCUUGCCCCUACCCUGCUGGCCUGGUGUCUUGUGACACCGCCUGCAGGUUGAAGGAGGCGACUCCCUCUCCCCAGCCUGGGGGCUCCAUGCACCUGGACUAGCAGUGGCCCCCUAACUGCUCCCAGGCCCUUUCCUCGGGGUGCCCCCAACUGAAGCACAAGUCCCUGCAAGCCCACCCAGGCUUCUUCCUUGUUGGUGGACUCUUACCCCAAACUCUGGUGGGGGACCCUGUGCUGGGCCCUGAGCCCCAGGUGCAUAGUACGGUUCAUGUGUGCGGGACUGAGGACUGUGAGGAGGUGCCAGGCAGAACCCAUGGAGUUCUUGGCAAAGGCUGGGGACCAGAAACAGCCUGGCAUGUGCUCUUUGGUGGCUUGGAGAUGACUCUGGGUGGGUGAGCUGAGCCAUGCCCAGGGAAGGGGCUGGUGCCCUUGCCCCUUCUGUGGCAUCACCUGGGACUCUUCCAAGUCCUCAGUGCCACCUGCCUCCUGAUCCAAGGGCCUGGACCCCGGGGGGCCAAUGACUGCAGAUUGAACGAAGGGCAACUGAGGGGGCGGACACGGACACUGGAGGGUGUCACCUGAGGGGUGACAGAGAAGCAGCACAGAGGCACACACUGCUGUGACACCAGCCCCUCAGAGCCAGAACGGAUGGGCCAGGGUCAGCACAGCCAUGCACAGCUGGGUGCAGCCUCCCAUCCACCCCGGGCCUGGCUGUACUCCCCUCACUGAGGGUGCUGUCUUCUGGGCCCAGUGGCCAGGAGGACAGAUGGGCGGAGACAGUGAGGGGAUGGCCGGACCGGAUGGGGCUGUCGGAUGGGGCUGUCGGUCGGGCCUGGGUGAUAGCACCCCCUGCCCCCCGCAGGGCACCAGGGCCCCCUGAAGGCUGGAAGUUCCCACAGCUCUAGAACAAACAAACAGACGGCCCAACACACAGCCUGGCCCUGGGCCCCUCUCCAAUUUCUCAGCCUGUUGAUUUAGCUGCCCACUUGGUGGGAGGACCCAGCCACAUGGGGAGCCGGCUGUCCAUCUGUCUGUCCAUCUACUGGCCACACUGGCCCCUCCACCCCAGGUGCUGUCAGGCAGAGGUGGGGCUCAGAGACCCAGGUGACCUAGAUUUAGGCCGCCCACAGCUUCCGCUCUGUGGUCAGGACAGGGGGAGCCACACUCUCCAGGGAAGGGGAUAGGCCCUCAAAGCCCCUGGGUGUGUUGGCUGAGGGCGAGAGGCCAGAAGCCGGACACCUGCAGACACUCUUCUCAGGUUCCUCUGGCUGGCAGGGGACACCGACUGGGUACACACACAACUGUGAGCAAGGGCACGAGUGUACAUGCAUGCACACACCACACACAUACGUGAACGUACCCACAGACACGCGUGCGCACACUCUUGUGUAGCACACCAUACACACGCACACACCAACGUGGGCCAGAGUGCACACACAGGCACGUGCAGAACACAUACACAGAUACGCAUGCGCAUGCACGUGCACCCCCUACAGUGACCCUGUAACAAGUCAUCAAUGUCGAGGACUCUCACCUCAGUAACUCAGGUGGUCCUCAGCCUUACUUGGCUUGGACAAGGUCCAUGUGGAGCCUCAGGCACUGCACAAUGAAGAUCAAAAUGUUUCAGUCUGCUCUGGCGGGAUUAUUUCCUGAAAGUGACACCCUCAAAUGAUGCCCCUGGGGGAAGGUCCAAUGGCCAGGACGAUGCCCUGGACAUUGGGGACAGGAAGAGUCUGCCAUAACAGUUCACUCAGCGGGGACCCUUCUGGGAGGGUCAGUCUCCAUGCUCAGGCCCCAGCCCUGAGUCGGGCUUGGUGGGUAAGAUGAGCAAGGAAGCUCUGGGAAGACACGGGGGCAGGGCCAGAGGCAUGAGCAAUGACCGCCAAGCGGGGGACUCCUGCACCUUUGUUAACGGGGCCUCGCCAGGGCAAGCUCCCCACAAUCAAAGGAUGUAUCGUGUCUCCUCUUCAAGAUACAGCAGUUAUAAUAACCGAAUAUAUCAGACUUGGAAUUUCCAUUAAAUGAUUGAUUCAGUUAGCAAUUUAAAUUCAAGUUGUCAGGCUUCCCUGGUGGCGCAGUGGUUGAGAAUCCGCCUGCCAAUGCAGGGCACACGGGUUCGAGCCCUGGUUUGGGAAGAUCCCACAUGCCGCGGAGCAACUAGGCCCGUGAGUCACAACUACUGAGCCUGCACGUCUGGAGCUUGUGCUCCGCAACAAGAGAGGCUGCGACAGUGAGAGACCCGUGCACCGCGAUGAAGAGUGGCCCCCACUUGCCUCAACUAGAGAAAGCCCUCGCACAGAAACAAAGACCCAACACAGCCAAAAAUAAAUAAA